AUUUACGAACGGUAAAAGUGGACAACGCUGACGACAGGGGGGACAGGUUAAAAAAACAGAAAGAAAAAGUAGAAAAAUGUUAGUCAAUGAAUCGGUUCAAACUAGUAGAAAAAUGGAAAGGAAAGCUUUCGAAGAACGCGUAAUAAGAGAAGGUAUGGAAUUAUGGAAGAAACAAAAAGAUUUUGAAUUGAGAAAGAAAGUUCAGGAACAGCGAGAGAUGAGAGAAAUGUUAGAUAGUUACUGGCCAUGGGGUAGAGGUACAGAUGCAAGGCCGCGUGGACUUAGAAAUUUAAGGCUUGACGAAUUAUUUCCAAAUAAAGAUUAUAUAAACGCGAAACGACACGUAGGAGCUCUAGAUCUAGGUAGAAGUGGUGGAGGUGCCCCAAUGUUUAGCAAUGGUAAAAAAGUAACCAGAACUUGCGAAGACCCGGUUUUGAGGUUUCAAUUUGGUAGCAAAGACCUUAGAAAAUGUGUAGAUAAUAACCUUAGGUAUAAAACUAAUAGACAGCAACAACAGGAAUAUAAAAAAGAAUUAGAUCAAUUGGUAGAAGAGAAAAAGCGUAAGAAAAAAAAAGAAAAAAACGAGGACAAAAAAUUUCACCAGGACCAAGGUUGGUCUGAUGAAAAAACACUGAAGCAUUUAGAAAAUGAAGAAAUUAAAAACAAACCUCAAGAAUUAAAAAAAUACAACGGCAAGAUAUCCAAUCAAAGUUCAACACUUAACUCUCCUAGUAAACCAUCUUCAAGGUUGGAUCCCUUGGCCUACCCUCGGCGUACUUUCAUCCCAGUGGGUAAAAACAGAAAACUCUCUCCCUUAUCAGAUAAUAAGGACUGUGGUGUAGAGUUGGUAACGUUGUUGGCCAAAGACAGAAAAUAUCCUCCUAGAAUUCCUCUUUGUAGUUCUGACAUUACUUCCGAGAAAAAAAUGGGCAAUAACCUGCAUCCAGGAAUUUGGAGUCGCCAAGGUUCUGCUUAUCUAAAAGCCUUAGCAGAACAAAUGAUGAACAAACAACAAAAAAUGAAGGAGAUGAAAGCUAGAGAAGAAGAAAACAGCAGAACCCAUUUUACGACAUGGACUGGCUUCUGGGGAAGGCCAGGCAACGGAGCUCCUCUUCCAGAAAUUAGGAAGCAAUGUCUGGAUAAUAUGCUUUAUCCAAAGAUGACCCCUAUAGGUGUGCACUGAUAGUAAAAAUAAACCUUUUUUUUUUGUUGAAUAGUAAAUAUAAAAAAUAUACGUUUAUUUGUUAAUAAAAAAAUAAAAGGAAAUUAUAGUGUUUUAAUUAAAUUUAAUAUAACCGAUAAUCUGGUACUAAAUAAAAAUACAGGAUACUAAGGCUUGGUAAUUGAUAAAAAUAUUAUAAACUAUAUAUACCUAACCUAAAAGACUUUAAAAAUAUCUCUAACUCGUGCACUUCAUGCAGCAGCUACUUUACUCUGAGUUCCUUUUUGUGUCAUAUUUAUUUUAUCACCUAAACUCAAAGCCAUUCC